ACUGAAGCAAACAUACCUUCUGUAUCUUCAACCCAUCCUCUUCCAUUUCACAGAGACGCUGCUUUGCGUUUUCAUCUCCAUACCCUAACUCUCACAAAUCGCUCAAUUCGGACGGAGAUUCCUGCUACCUUGCUCUCUGUUCGGGUUGUCUGGUCGGAUCUCUCACUCGGAUCUUAGGGUUCUGAUAUCAAUAGCCGUUUUCUCGAUCAAACCGCUUAAUUUUAUCUACAACAAUGCCUCUCAGACUCGAGAUCAAGAGGAAACUCGCACAAAGAUCAGAAAGAGUAAAAUCCGUGGAUCUUCACCCAACGGAGCCAUGGAUCCUAGCAAGUUUGUAUUCAGGGACGGUCUGCAUCUGGAAUUACCAGACCCAGAUUAUGGUAAAAUCCUUCGAGGUUACCGAGUUACCAGUCAGAUCAGCAAAGUUCAUAGCACGCAAGCAGUGGGUUGUUGCUGGUGCAGAUGAUAUGUUUAUCCGGGUAUACAAUUACAAUACAAUGGAUAAAGUGAAAGUAUACGAGGCACAUACUGAUUACAUCCGGUGUGUUGCUGUCCACCCUACACUGCCAUAUGUAUUGUCAUCAUCUGACGACAUGCUUAUAAAACUUUGGGACUGGGAGAAGAGUUGGUUUUGCACUCAAAUUUUUGAGGGUCAUUCUCAUUAUGUUAUGCAAGUGACCUUCAAUCCCAAAGACACCAAUACUUUUGCAAGCGCAUCACUUGACCGCACUAUAAAGAUUUGGAAUCUAGGUUCACCUGAUCCUAACUUCACACUAGAUGCUCAUCUCAAAGGAGUGAAUUGUGUGGAUUACUUUACUGGUGGUGAUAGACCUUAUCUUAUUACUGGAUCAGAUGAUCACACUGCUAAGGUAUGGGAUUAUCAAACUAAAACUUGUGUUCAGACUCUAGAAGGUCACACACACAAUGUGUCUGCUGUAUGCUUCCAUCCAGAGCUUCCAAUAAUAAUUACAGGUUCUGAGGAUGGUACUGUACGUAUAUGGCAUUCAACCACUUACAGACUUGAGAACACCUUGAACUAUGGACUUGAAAGGGUUUGGGCUGUCGGAUACAUGAAAGGUUCACGCCGGAUCGUUAUUGGCUAUGAUGAAGGGACCAUCAUGGUGAAAAUUGGGAGGGAAGAGCCUGUAGCUAGCAUGGACAAUAGCGGAAAAAUUAUAUGGGCUAAGCAUAAUGAAAUUCAGACCGUUAACAUUAAGAGUGUGGGAGCUGAUUAUGAGGUUUCUGAUGGAGAGAGGCUACCUUUAGCAGUUAAGGAGCUGGGAACAUGUGAUCUCUACCCGCAAAACUUGAAGCAGAACCCAGAUGGAAUGUCAUUUUCUGUGGUGAUGGUGAAUACAUCAUUAAUUAUGAUAGUCAUGGUGAUUGUUGUAUACCCAUGUGUGUGCAUUACUUCAAUCAGCUAUUUUUGUUAUUGUAAUGGUACGAGGAGCUUGAAGCACAAUCCAAACGGGAGGUUUGUUGUUGUCUGCGGUGAUGGUGAAUACAUUAUAUAUACAGCUUUGGCUUGGAGAAAUAGAUCCUUUGGCUCUGCAUUGGAGAUAGUUUGGUCAUCUGAUGGUGAAUAUGCUGUUAGGGAGAGUACAUCCAGGAUUAAGAUUUUCAACAAAUCUUUUCAGGAAAAGAAGAGUAUCCGGCCAACUUUUUCAGCUGAGAGGAUAUUUGGAGGAUCAUUGCUGGCUAUGUGCUCAAAUGAUUUUAUAUGUUUCUAUGAUUGGGCUGAGUGUAGAUUGAUUCGUCGGAUUGAUGUCAAUGUCAAAAACCUUUACUGGGCUGAUAGUGGUGAUCUAGUGACAAUUGCCAGUGAUUCAUCAUUCCACAUAAUAAAGUACAAUCGCGAUGUAGUGUCUGCCCAUCUAGAUAGUGGAAGAUCUCUAGAUGAGCAAGGCGUUGAGGAGUCCUUUACACCUCUGUAUGACAUAGAUGAACGAGUUAGAACUGGAUUAUGGGUUGGCGACUGUUUUAUUUACAAUAAUUCUUCAUGGAGACUUAAUUAUUGUGUUGGUGGCGAGGUAGAGCCCAUCUUUAGUACUUGCCAUAAAAAAUUAUUCUUUCAAGUUUGUUUGAUAUUUAAUGGUUACAUAACACAUUAUAUUUUUCAGGUAACCACCAUGUUUCAUUUGGAUCGUCCAAUGUAUCUUCUAGGAUAUUUAGCUAAUCAGAGCAGGGUUUAUCUCAUUGACAAAGAAUUUAAUGUCAUUGGGUACACGUUACUUCUCACCUUGAUUGAGUAUAAGACACUCGUGAUGCGUGGAGACCUUGAACGAGCUAGUGGAGUUUUGCCAUCAAUUCCAAAGGAGCAUCAUAAUAGUGUUGCUCAUUUUCUGGAAUCACGAGGGAUGAUUGAAGAGGCAUUGGAAGUUGCUACAGAUCCUGAUUAUAGAUUUGAGCUAGCCAUUCACCUUGGUAAACUAGAGAUCGCAAAGGAUAUUGCACUAGUAGCUCAAAGUGAGUCCAAAUGGAAGCAGUUGGGUGAACUAGCUAUGUCUACUGGAAUGCUGGACAUGGCUGAGGAUUGUUUGAAGCAUGCGAAUGAUUUGAGUGGUUUGUUGUUGCUCUAUUCUUCUUUAGGAGAUGCUGAAGAGAUUGCAAAACUUGCAUCUCUUGCAAAAGAGAAUGGAAAGAAUAAUGUUGCAUUCGCUUGUCUAUUUUUGUUGGGUAAAUUGGAAGACUGCCUGCAGUUGUUGGUUGACAGCAAUAGGAUACCCGAGGCUGCUUUGAUGGCACGAUCUUACCUUCCAAGCAAGGUUUCAGAAAUAGUUGGACUCUGGAGAAAAGACCUUAACAAGGUUAACCAGAAGGCUGCAGAAUCUUUAGCAGAUCCUGAGGAGUACCCAAAUAUGUUUGAGGACUGGCAAGUUGCACUAGAAGUUGAAGCAAAAGCUGCAAGCACAAGGGGUCAUUAUCCUCCGGCAGUGGAAUAUGUGAACCAUAUUGAUAGAUCACAUGUCAACCUGGUCGAAGCUUUCAGACAAAUGCAAUUGGAUGUCGAGGAACCACUUGAAAAUGGAGGGUUUGAUCACGAGGGUGUAGAACACAAUGGAAAGGAGGGGGAAUUUAUUGAUGGUCAAGAAGAGGAUCAAGAGGUGGGUCAAGAGGGGGCUGCUGCCAAGGAUAAUGAUUCUUCAGAUGGUGCUGUACUCGUUAACGGUCACGAGGCUGAUGAAGAGUGGAGUACGAAUGAUGCAGGAACUCCAUCAGCGUAAAAGCAAUUGGUUCGGGCAAAUGUGGAAAUCCUAAUAUUAUUGCUGUGCUCACACCACGUCACUAAGUUCACUCAAGACGGUCGUUUCCUGCUUUGUGGAAUUUCUUUCCUCGGGUAAUGGCAAAAUGGAGAAUAUGGGAUCGACCAUCUGAUGUAAGCGUGGUGUAAUUUUGUAGGGCAUAAAAUAUAGACUUAAGUUUUCUAGGAACAAUAUUCUUUUUUAUAAAUUUCAUCCUUGAAAUUUUCUUGUUAUUGCGGUUGUAGAAAAAGUUUAUAAUGGCUGAUGCUAUCUAUAGUAUAGGUAAUAGGCCUAGGCCCUAGGGAUGGGUUUGUUCUCUUUACUGAUAAAAUUCAACAAACGGAUAGGUUUUUAGUAUACUAAAACAUCAUAUGCAAUAAUAAUUUACCUGGUAAUU